AUGGCAAGCUUCCAGCCAGUUCAUUUUGUGCCGAAAAAUCGCCAGGAUGAAAUUUUGGCUUUGCCUGUGACACAGAUCCUUGCCGUGCCGCAUAGUCAAAAUGUAGGAACAAACCAUUGGUGUCUUUACCUUUUGGUAUCUCCUGAGAGAUCUGUCCAAAUUGAUUGCCAGCCAAGCUACAGCGCUCGAAGCUCUAUUCUCCAAGGGGGUUCUAAAGCCCAUUUCAUCGUUUCAGAGUUGAUAUGUAAGGUGCUCGAUGAUGCCCAAGCGGAGUUCAUUAUCGAUGUCAUUCCCGGGCUUUCGGUCUCGCGAAUCUACGAUUUGCUCAUCAGAAAUGGGCGUCACAAGUAUGAAUUUGAUGCAAAUGGAGUGGGGUGCAGAUGCUGGACUCUUGGUCAAAUCGAUCUUUUACAUCAAGUCCAAUUUGCCACAAAUGUGAAUCAAAUCACGGCGGCAAGAUCUGCCAUACAGAAACUAUGGCCGGAACAGACCCCGCUGGCUCUUGACCAGGGGACGUAUUAUUCGUAA